UGAAUGAGGGGAGCCGGGCCCUCCCCGCGACAUUCCCCCCGCGCCCUCCGCCCCGACCCUGGCCCCGCCAUGUCCUUCUUCCGGCGGAAAGUGAAAGGCAAAGAACAAGAGAGGACUUCAGAUGUUAAGUCAAUUAAAGGCGUUAGACAAAACCUGUGGCUGUUGAAGUGAACAAAAAGACUUGGAUCCUGCCCUCAUUGAAUGUACAGAUUUGGAGGGAGAGGAACGUUAAUCAAAUGAUUCCAAAAUGACUUGGGCUAGAUUAGUAGUGAUGGUAAUAAAAAGAUCUGGACAGAUCAAUUUAGGUGAUAAAGUGGAUAGAACUUUGUUAUUAAUUAAAUGUGAGAUGUAAAGGGGAAGGAGGUUUAAAGUUGAUACCUACUUUUUCUAGCUUGCCUAACAAAGUGACUGGUGGAGAACCAAGCUGGGAAUAUGUCCAGUUUUGGUAUGUUGGGUGGGAGAUACUUAAGAGACAUUCAUUUACAUAUGUUAUCUAACCACACAGUAAUUCUAGAAUCUGAAAAACUGAGUGAUUUUUUAGAAUAUAACAGACCAAAGUUGAAAUCUUGUCUGUUGAAAUGACUCUUUACUAGCUCAUUGACUUAGGCAAAAUACUUGACUUUUUUCAGUUUGUGUCCUCAUUUCAAAAAUGAGGAAAAUACUGGUCUUGCAAGAUUUUGAGAGAAAUAAUGUAUUCCCAAAAACGUACAUCGAGAAACCAGUACAGUGCUUGGUACAUAGUAGGUACCACUUUGGUAGCUAGUAAUAUCUUAUUUUAACAGUUGGCCCUCAGUUGGUUAAGUGAAGUGAAGGAUUGCUCAAACUUAAGAGGAAUUUGAGAUCAAAUGAUUUUUUAAGUAUAGGGAAGACUUCUUAGAAAUGAGACUUCAUUGUAUAAAAGUUGAAUUAUAAGAAGGAUUUGGAUGAAAGAAGUGAUUCUUUUUCCCCUGCGAGCCCAGCUUCUUCCUUCUUUAAGUAUAUACUGGGCAGUUUAGGCAAAACAGGCAGCCAUUCACUGAAACCUUUUGAAGAGGAUACUGAUGUUUUACAAAUGGCAUUUAUGAAAGGGGAGCCUGGAAGAGUUAUAUAGGAUGGAGACCAUAGAAAUUCUUUUGCUGUAUUAUCAAAGGACCUGUACAAAGGUGUACUGUUGAAAAUGAAUAGGUAAGUAGACAUUUAAACAUCUUAAAAGCAAAUAAAUCUUGGCAAGUAAACAGACAUAGUGAAAAAGAAUGAGUCCAGAAUUUUGAGCUUUGGAGACUUAGUGGAAUGAACAAAGACGGAAAUUGAGAAGAAUUAGUUUGGAAGAUGAUAUGAUGUUUGAGAUUUGAGAUUUGGACAAAUUGGUUGUGAGAUGGUAAAGUCAAAGUGAGAAUUGCUAGUAGUAAAUAUUAGAGAUCCAGGACUGAACUCCAGAUUAAAGGACAGGUCUGAGAUGCAAGUCAGGGGUUUUCCAUCUGGGUUCUAGUUCCAUGGAGCCACACCCUGUGAGCUGUUGCCAAGGGGGUCCAUAUCUAGGGCAUGUGUGAGAAUUUCCCCUUGAUCAGCCAGAGUUACUGUUAAUUAUUCUUUAUCUAUUUUAGAUAUCUCUUAUCUAGUUUCAUCUAUUUUACAGACAUAUCAGAGUCCCACUUAAGUUUAUUUUGGGGGGACACUUACAAGUUAAAAAAAGUUUUAAAAAAGAUUGCUCUAGUAAUAAUUGAAUAUUUGAGAAUAAAUGUGCUUUCUAACAGAAAGAAUAAAAGAGAAGAACCUUAAAAAAAAAAAGAAGAGUAACAGAGAAUCUUAGGAAGAAAAGUGUCAUGAAAGUUGACCCUAUCUGACACAGUGGCAUUUAAUAAUGUUUGCUAAAGAAUGAGGGAGGAAGAGAUGGAGGAGGAAAUGGAGCAGAGUGUAGUGCCACAGAGACCAAAGGAAGUUAGAAUAUCAGGAUGAACAUGUAAAAUAAGUUGUGAGUUCUAAUAGAGAAGAAAAGAAAAAAAGCCUUACACAAAUGAAUUAAUAGCAUUUUAUAUCAUUAUACACAUCUAAUUAGGAAACAGUUUUUUAUAGAAUGUUGUCUCACUGUUCUCACAGCAUGUUAUAUGUAGCUUUUGUCUAUACAAAAAAACUAGCUAUUAUUGUCUCUAAACUUCUAAAAUUAUUUUGCUCCCUUCAAUGUAUCAUGAAAAUAAAAAUAAAAACAAAACACGACUUCUUUCUAAAACUGAAAAAAUCAUUUGAAGAUGACUCCAUUCCAUAAUUUGGCCAACUCUUGUUGAAAGAUAAAUAUAGAUACCUGGAAAACAGCUUCAAUAUCUGUACAUUCCCCACAAAAAUGCACUAAAAAUCAUGCCUUGCUGGAGGCUGCAGGACCAAGUUACAUUGCAAUCAAUGCCAUUUCUGCAAACAUGGACUCCUUUUCAAGUAGCAGGACAGCAACCCUUAAGAAGCAGCCAAGCCACAUGGAAGCUGCUCAUUUUGGUGACCUGGGCAGGUCUUGUCUGGACUACCAGACUCAGGAGACCAAAUCAAGUCUUUCAAAGACCCUUGAACAAGUCUUGCAUGACACUACUGUCCUCCCUUAUUUCAUUCAAUUCAUGGAACUUCGGAGAAUGGAGCAUUUGGUUAAGUUUUGGUUAGAGGCUGAAAGUUUUCACUCUACAACUUGGUCCCGAAUAAGAGCACACAGUCUGAACACAGUGAAGCAGAGCUCAUUGGCUGAGCCUGUCUCUCCAUCUAAAAAGCACGAAACUACAGCGUCUUUUGUAACUGAGUCGCUUGGAAAGAGGUUGGAGGAUUCUAGCUCAGCCCAAUUGCUUAUGACUCAUUCAGAAGGAACUGACCUGAGUAAUAGAACUAGCAAAACUCAGAAGCACUUGUUGCUUUCCCAGGAAUGUGACAGUGCCUGUCCUUUCCAUCUUGAAAUGGCCAAAACAGGAACUCGUCAAGUUACCAUGGAAACUCAAGAAUCCUCCUCCAGACUUACAGUAGCCAGUAGGAAUAGCCCGUCUUCUCCACUAAAGGACUUAUCAGGAAAACUAAUGAAAAGUAUAGAAAAAGAUGCAGUGAAUACUUUUACCAAAUAUAUAUCUCCAGAUGCUGCUAAGCCAAUCCCAAUUACAGAAGCAAUGAGAAAUGAUAUCAUAGCAAAGAUUUGUGGAGAAGAUGGACAGGUGGAUCCCAACUGUUUUGUUUUGGCACAGUCCGUAGUCUUUAGUGCAAUGGAGCAAGAGCACUUUAGUGAGUUUCUGCGAAGUCACCAUUUCUGUAAAUACCAGAUUGAAGUGCUGACCAGUGGGACUGUUUACCUGGCUGACAUUCUCUUCUGUGAGUCAGCUCUCUUUUAUUUCUCUGAGUACAUGGAAAAAGAGGAUGCAGUGAAUAUCUUACAAUUCUGGUUGGCCGCAGAUAACUUCCAGUCUCAGCUUGCUGCCAAAAAGGGCCAGUAUGAUGGACAGGAGGCACAGAACGAUGCCAUGAUUUUAUAUGACAAGUACUUCUCCCUGCAAGCCACGCAUCCUCUUGGAUUUGAUGAUGUCGUGCGAUUAGAAAUUGAAUCCAAUAUCUGCAGGGAAGGUGGGCCACUCCCUAACUGUUUCACAACUCCAUUACGUCAGGCCUGGACAACCAUGGAGAAGGUCUUUUUGCCUGGCUUUUUGUCCAGCAAUCUUUAUUAUAAAUAUUUGAAUGAUCUCAUUCAUUCAGUUCGAGGAGAUGAAUUUCUAGGAGGGAGUGUUUCACUUACUGCUCACAGCUCUUUGGGCCCCCCUGAUGACUCUCACCCAGGUGGUUCCGACAGCUCACUUUCUCAGUCCAGUAUGAAAAAAGCCAGUGUUAAAAUUUUAAAAAAUUUUGAUGAAGCGAUAAUUGUUGAUGCUGCAAGUCUGGAUCCAGAAUCUUUAUAUCAACGGACGUAUGCAGGGAAGAUGACAUUUGGAAGAGUCAGUGACUUGGGGCAAUUCAUCCGAGAAUCUGAGCCUGAACCUGAUGUAAAGAAGUCAAAAGGAUCCAUGUUCUCACAAGCAAUGAAGAAAUGGGUACAAGGAAAUACUGAUGAGGCCCAGGAAGAGCUAGCUUGGAAGAUUGCUAAAAUGAUAGUCAGUGAUGUUAUGCAACAGGCGCAGUGUGAUCAACCAUUGGAGAAGACUACAAAGUGCUAUUUUAGGAAGAAGUGAAUUGAAUGGCUGUGAUCAAUCCUCCAUCUUUGUUUGGAGCUAUGACUCAAGACCUGAGAGAAAGGAAAUCUGCUUUUGAAAAAUAAGAGAACAUUUUUCCUUUGGUUUGAUUCUUCAACACAGCCAGUGAAAACAAAGCACUGUAUUUCUUUCACAGAUAUAUCACUCUUGUUCCCAAGGAAGAACAGCAGACAAUCUUAGACCUCCACCAUAAGCAGAGUGACAUGUAGACAUACUUGCUGCACAUGAUGUUCACACAGUGGAAGUCAAAGAGACAAAGUGGUAUUGUUUACAUUACUAGAAAAUUAGUAGUUUCCAAUGGCAAUAACCCAUUUAUGAAAGAGUUCUAGUCCACUGGAAUAGACAGGGACCACAUACUGUGCGAGGGAGGUGAGCAUGGAGCUGGUGUUUGAUGCACAAUCUGUAGCAGCGACCCAUCCCCACCAGCGUCAUAAAGGUGGUGCUGAGGUGUUUGCUUGGCCUCCAGGAGCGGGCAGAGCAGCAGCGCGCUCGUAAGUGGGGGUCGCAGGCCCAUUAUGCAGUUCGCCUUCACAGAGGCAUUAAUUUGCAAGGAAGCUGCCAGGGCAUGUGCAGGUCACAGUGACAUUGUCCUUCCCUUUGGUCACAGUAUAGAAUUUUCACAUUUUAAUUGCUCCUGAGAUGCAGUAUACUAAAACCAGUGUGUCCCCUGCUCCUUUAAUUUGAGCACUAGGCCUUGUUCUUCUGGAAUUUUGUGCUCCGACUUACUUAAAUUUCCCUUCAGAGUAUAUGUAGAAAGGAAUAAAUAAUAAUGAUCACUCUGGUUUUUCCUCGUAAAAUACCUUAGACAAAAUGUCGAUUCCCAGAUUGUAUGAAUUUUUUUGAAGAAGGUGGGCAGGCAUAGAGGAAAAGCACCCACCUCUGCCUGCCUCCCCUUGGCUGUGAGCUGGGAAGUGUGCAUCUGGGGCCUCCUUUUUCCUUUCUUUUGGGACUGUGGGUGACCCCCUCACUGCACUUUCUCUUAGUUGGCUUCUGGAUCCAGCCCGUGCCUCCAUCAUGGGCCUGCACCGUUGGUGAGCACACCCCACUAGCCUGGUGUUGGUGCUUCCUCACCGGGUGUGACUGUUUGAGGGG